CACAGCGGAUCCGGGAUGAACUGCGCGUCGCUGCCUUUGUGCGGAUCCGAUCCGGACUCAGCCUCGAGCCCGAAGACCAGACCCGAGGAGAAGUUCGAGUCCCGCCGCGAGCAGGAAGCAGGAGAACCCGGAGACACGUGCACAUCUCGGCUGCACGGGAGCGCGCGCACGGAGAGAGUCCGGACCAAGUUGAUCUGAGGGUUUUUGGAGCCGCGCGGAUCUGAGGCUGGAACGCGCUUUGUGCUGCAGCGGGUUCGAGUCCGGGCAGAAAGGCCUCCAAGAUAGAUUCCCUCAGGAGUGCAGUGGACUUGCUCCGCCUCCCUCUGGCCCUCUCCUCCAAGUCCAUCAGCAGCCACAGGAGCCAGCUGGGCGUGGUCUGGGAGAAGGGCGGCGGCUCCGGGGGAGGAGGGGCUCAGAAACCCCGCCCACCGCCGGCCUCCGACAUGGACAACGAGUCGAUGUACUCCGCCUACUCCUUCAAGUCGUCGCACUCACGGACCUCCCGCAAGCACAGAGAGAGGAGGGACAAGCAUCGCUCCAAGCCUCGGGACAGCAGCCUCCGCGGAGACAAGUCCGUGAGCAUCCAGGCUCCUGAGACGCUGCUGGACGUGGAGUCCACCCGCGGGGACGACCGGGACGACAACUGGGGCGAGACCAACACCGUGGUCACCGGCACCUCCGUGGACAGCGCCUCCCAAGAGGACCUGACACGGAUCUCCAAGGACCUAGAGGAGUCCUCGCCGCUGGAGUGCCGCCGUUACUUGGGCGUGGUGCUGGGCGCCGUGCUGGGGCUCUUCGCUCUGGUCACGCCUCUGGCCUUCUUGGCGCUGCCGCAGCUGCUGUGGCGGGACGUCCUGGACCCUUGUGGCACGCCGUGCGAGGGCCUCUACAUUUCUCUGGCCUUUAAGCUCCUGAUCCUCCUCAUCUCCACCUGGGCGCUGUUCCUCCGCCCGACCAGAGCCACUCUGCCGCGCUUCUUCAUCUUCCGCUGUCUGCUGCUGGCGCUGGUCUUCCUCUUCGUGGCGUCCUAUUGGCUCUUCUACGGCGUGCGGGUGCUGGAGCCCAGAGAGACGGACUACAGGGGGAUUGUGGGAUAUGCCGCCUCGCUGGUGGACGCGCUGCUGUUCAUCCAGUACCUGGCUCUGGUGCUGCUGGAGGUGCGGCACCUGCAGCCGGCCUUCUGCCUGAAGGUCGUGAGGACCACAGAUGGAGCCAGUCGCUUCUACAGCGUCGGACAUCUCAGUAUUCAGCGGGCGGCCGCCUGGCUUCUGGACCAGUACUACAGUGACUUCCCAGUCUAUAACCCCGCCCUGCUCAACCUGCCCAAGUCCAUCCUCACCAGAAAGAUGUCGGCCUUCAAGGUCUACAAUCUCGGAGAAGAGAACAGCACCAACGCCUCCUCGGGACAAUCCAGAGCCAUGAUCGCAGCCAACGCUCGCAGGAGAGACAACUCCCACACCGAGUUCUACUACGAGGAGGCCGAGGUGGAGCGCAGGGUCCGCAAGCGCAAGGCCAGACUGGUGGUGGCAGUAGAAGAAGCCUUCACCCACAUCAAGCGUCACCAGGAAGAGGAGGCGCUCGUGUCCUCGCCCAAACACCCGCGGGAGGUGAUGGACCCGAGGGAGGCGGCUCAGGCCAUCUUCGCCCCGAUGGCGCGGGCCAUGCAGAAGUACCUCCGAGCCACCAGGCAGCAGUCCUACCACAGCAUGGAGAGCAUCAUCGACUUCCUGCAGUUCUGCAUCACACACAACAUGACACCCAAGGCUUUCCUGGAGCGUUACCUCAGCCCCGGCCCCACCCUCCAGUACCUGGACAGCAGCAGGGGGCGCCAGUGGACACUAGUGAGCGAGGAGCCUGUGACCGCGUCUCUGCGCCAAAACCAGGUCUUCACCCUGAAGCGCCCGGACUUCUCCCUGGUCAUCACGGUGACACCACUUCCCUUCCUGCGCCUGGGCGAGGAGUUCGUCGACCCCAAAAGCCACAAGUUCGUGAUGAAGCUGCAGUCGGAGACGUCUGUGUAGGAGGAGAGGAGAUAAUAAUCCUGUAGCAUCACUUUGUAUCUGUUAAUAUAACCGUGCACAACUUUCACGUCAAAUGGAGUCGACAUUUAAACUCACUGACGAGAAGAGGCAACAGAAAUAACCUCUGACGUGGUUCCUCUUUCGGUUGUGGUGAGUCAGACGAGCCUCAGGCUGCGGACUGGUAACUGUGAUAAAGAACUGGAGAACGCCUCCACUUCCCAUCCCUCUGACAGGCUGUGGUUUUAUUCACUUCACUACAGAUGUAAUAGAGCGUUCGUUUAAUGAAACAAAGGAAGGAGCCGUCUCCCGAGGGUAGAAGCUGGAUUUAGAUCCCAAGAUGUAAUCAAGAGUUGUCAGAUGUCCCCCUGUGGCUGUGGUGUGAUAAAGUUCUCUUCAUUCAAACCACGUCUCAUUUCCCGUCGUGCCUGAACUUCUGUGAAAAGUCGACCUUUCACACGUGGUCAGGUUUUCACAGAACACAUCAAACACUGAAACCUUCCUCUCUUGUUAUAAUCCACUGAAGAGAGAGAGAGAGAGAGAGAGGUCCCACGCUCGAGUCGGAGGACGAAGACAGAAACACUGGACGGACUUUGAUUGUGUUAUUUCUCAUGAAGUUUUUAUUGAAUGGCUUUUCCAACUGUUAUAAUGUGUUUUUCAUACGGUUACUGAUGCACUGGCAACAAAUGUAGGAACAAUAAAGUGAAUGUUCAGUUA